AUGUCGCGAAUCAACCAGCCUUCCAACCAGAUCAAACUCACCAACGUUUCCCUGGUACGUCUGAAAAAGGGCAAGAAGCGUUUCGAGAUCGCCUGCUACAAGAACAAAGUCCUCGAGUGGCGAUCCGGAAUCGAGACAAACCUCGACAAUGUGCUCCAGAUCCCCAACGUCUUCCUGAACGUCUCGAAGGGGCAGACGGCCCCCAAGGAAGACCUCGAGAAAGCCUUCGGCAAGGGCAAGCCAGUAAAUGAUAUCAUCCUCGAAAUUCUGAAAAAGGGCGAGCAGCAAGUGGGGGAUAAAGAGCGCGCAGCCCAACUGGAGCGCGUUCAUAAUGAGGUUAUAGCGAUCGUCUCAAGCAAGCUCGUCGACCCGCGGACGAAACGAGUCUACACGUCGGGCAUGAUCGAGAAGGCGCUCGACAUGCUGAGCUCGCAGGCCCACAACACUGACAAGGCUGCCGCUGGUAGUGGCGCCGGCACACCGGCGACGGGAGAAGAAGGGGAGGCCAAGCCCAGGGCAAACUGGACUGGUGUUUCUACGACAAAGAGCGCGAAGAGCCAGGCCUUGGAUGCGAUGAAGGCUCUGAUAGCCCAUCAGCCCAUCCCCGUCGCUCGCGCACGGAUGAAGCUACGCAUUACUUGCUCUACUAGCGUUCUGAAGCAGGCUGUUAAGUCGAGCGGCGCCGAUAAGGGAGCAGCAUCUAAGGAUGAGGAUGGCGAGAAGAAGGCGCCUGGAACGGUCAAGGACAAGAUCUUAGGGUACAUUGAGCAGGUGGAAAGUCAGGACGUCAUGGGGUCGGAAUGGGAAGUCGUUGGAUACGCCGAGCCCGGCGCCUUCAAGGCACUCUCUGAUUUCAUUGCCAACGAGACCAAAGGCCAAGGCAGAGCCGAGGUCCUGGACAUGGCUGUGACGCAUGAAGAUUAA